CAGGAGUGUAUCUGGAAUGGACAAGGGUCUCCUGUGGAGACUCGGCCUCGCACUCCUCCAGCAUGAAGCUUGCUCAUCUUAUUCUGCUUCUUUUGGAUCUCCACUUGAGUUCUUCCGGGCACACGCCAGCAUCAGGUCUGCCUCAGGAGGAUCUUGUGGAGCAGAAGUGCUUACUGCAAAAAUACACGCAUCUCUCCUGUGACAAGGUCUUCUGCCAGCCAUGGCAGAAAUGUAUCGAUGGAACCUGUGUUUGUAAACUCCCCUACCAAUGCCCCAAGAAUGGCACCCCCGUGUGUGCCACCGAUGGAAGAAACUACCCUACCUACUGUCACCAGAAGAGUUUUGAAUGUCUUCACCCAGAGAUAAAGUUUUCAAAUAAUGGAACAUGCACAGAUCAAGGAAAGUUUAAUGUUUCCUUAAUUUAUGGAAGCACAGACACAGAGGGAAUUGUUCAGGUCAAACUUGUGGACCAAAAUGAGAAAAUGUUCAUAUGUAAAAAUAGCUGGAGCGUGGCGGAGGCCAAUGUGGCCUGCUUCGACCUUGGAUUUCCACUGGGUGUUCGUGACACACAAGCAAGGUUUAACAUACCCGUAAAUCUUCAUAUAAACACCACCGAGUGCCUGCAUGUACGCUGCCGGGGAAUAGAGACGACUUUGGCAGAGUGUACCUUUACCAGGAGGAGAACUAAGACUCCCCAUGGCUUGGCGGGUGUAGUGUGUUACACACAGGAUGCAGAUUUCCCGACAAGUCAGUCCUUCCAGUGUGUGAAUGGGAAGCGUAUUCCCCAGGAGAAAGCCUGCAAUGGUAUCAAUGACUGUGGAGAUCAAAGCGAUGAGCUGUGUUGCACAGGUUGCCGAGGGAAAGCCUUCAUUUGUAAGUCGGGAGUUUGCAUUCCAAACCAAUAUAGGUGCAACGGUGAGGUGGACUGCAUCACCGGAGAAGACGAGAGCAACUGUAAAGAAGACAGACAGCAUAACAUUCAUGAAGGCGUUGCACGGCCAGAUCAAGGAGGAGAAACUGAAAUGGAAACCGAAGAAACAGAAAUGUUGACUCCUGGUAUGGACACCGAAAGAAAACGGAUAAAGUCCUUAUUACCUAAACUCUCCUGUGGAGUCAAAAGAAACACCCACACUCGCAGGAAAAGAGUAGUUGGAGGACAGCCAGCGGAGGUGGGAGACUACCCAUGGCAGGUGGCAAUUAAGGAUGGCCAAAGGAUCACCUGUGGGGGCAUUUAUAUUGGUGGCUGUUGGAUUCUGACUGCUGCACACUGUGUCAGACGCAGUAAACUUCACCAUUACCAAAUAUGGACAGCUUUAUUAGACUGGUUGAAACCUAACUCUGAGUUGGCAAUUCAAGCAGUGAACAGAAUUAUUAUUCACGAAAACUAUAAUGGAGCUACCUACCAAAAUGACAUAGCUUUGAUUGAAAUGAAAAAGCGCCCGGGCAAGAAAGAAUGUGAACUCUCCAGGUCCGUCCCUGCCUGUGUCCCAUGGUCUCCAUACCUAUUCCAACCGAAUGACACAUGCAUCAUCUCUGGAUGGGGUCGAGAAAAAGAUAACCAAAGAGUCUACUCACUCAGGUGGGGCGAAGUUAACCUGAUAGGCAACUGCUCUCAGUUUUACCCAGGUCGCUACUAUGAAAAGGAGAUGCAGUGUGCCGGUACCAGUGAUGGGUCCAUUGAUGCCUGCAAAGGAGACUCCGGAGGCCCCUUGGUCUGCAAUGAUAUCAACAAUGUCACUUACAUUUGGGGCAUUGUGAGCUGGGGAGAAAAUUGUGGGAAGCCAGAGUUUCCAGGUGUUUACACCAGAGUGGCCAAUUACUUUGAUUGGAUUAGCUAUCACGUUGGAAGGUCCCUUGUUUCGCAACACAAUGUCUGAAGCUAUGACCUC